GGAGUAUGUUGAGAGCUGACCUACUCAUCAAGCGUCAACGACCUCGUCAAGAUUUCUGAUUCACGUUUUUACGCAUUUUCACACUUCAUUGGGAUACUGCUGAAUAUUAAAACAAAGUGACAUUAUGAUUAGAUUGUAUAACGCUGUGAAGGACUACUUCUUGCAAACAGCAUCUCCUCCACCAAAACUGACAACAGUUCCUUGGAGGGAAACUUCUAAACGGGGCAUGGGAGUAACACCUUUACAGCUUGAAAUGGAACUUAUACAACAAAUAAAAAAGUUACAGCCGCAAAACCGAAAGCAGCCAAUUCACCAAAGACAAGAAAUAAAUUUGUUGAUUCAAGGUCCGGUGUCAGCAGGAAAAUCUAGUUUUAUCAAUUCUGUUCUAAGCUAUAAGUGUUCUUCAAGAAUCACUAAAGCCGGUGCAGGUAGUUGCUCAGAUUCAUAUACAAAAUGUCUUGCAGAUUAUACAGAAGAAGAAUUGCCAAAAGGAUAUCGGAUAUUUGAUUGUAUGGGUUUGGAACCAACCGAUCGGAAAGGUUUUCAUAUUAAUGAUUUUGAGCUCUUAAUAGAAGGGCACAUCAAAACCGGAUACCAGUUCAAUCACCUCAGUCCAAUCACGAAUAGCAACAACAAAUUCAGAAAAACACCAAACUUUUGGAACAAAAUGCAUUGCGUUAUCUUUGUUGUCAGUGCUGUAUCUAUUCAAGCUGGGCUUCAAGCAGAGUACGUUAUAAAGAUUAAUGAUAUGCAAAAAACACUGAAGGAUCAGGAUAUACCAAGUAUCUUGAUUUUGACAAAAGUCGAUGAACUGUGUGAUGAAGUGGAAAAGGACAUCACAAAAAUGUUUUGGAGCAUAAAAGUUCGAGACGCAGUACAAACGGCGAAAGAUUUAUUCGGGAUUGAGGUAGCAAGCGUAUAUCCGGUAAAGAAUUAUGUGAAAGAUUUGAAUAUAUAUACUGAAAUGAAUAUCCCGCUCUUGCUUGCCCUAAAAGGGGCAAUGCACGUUGCGGAAGCUAAAAUAAAUCGUUAUAAAGAACGUCUACGGCAGGAAAAUGACGAAGAUAAUAACAAUUAAAUUUGGUCAUUUAUAUACUGAACUAUUGGAAGUGAAAAAGGAUUCAUAUUAUAUUAUCAUUGUUUUGUUGAACUUAAGAUUGUGGUUCAUUACAUGUUACUGUUGCCGAUUAUAAUUUUGUCUGUAAUUUAAAAAAAUGUGUUUUUUUUUAGCUCACCUGAGCUAGCUCAUGAUAAGCUUUUAUGAUCGUUGAAAGUCCGUCGUCCGUCCACACUUGCUCGUUCACAAGCUAGCGGUCACAUUUUUUGCCUCAAUCAUCAUCAAACGUUGUCAAUAUGCUUGUCUAGGUAAUAGAUCGGACAAAUUUGAACAUGGGUCAUCUCGGAUGAAAAACUAGGUCACAGGAGCUAAAAAUCAAAAAAACUUGUUAACGCUUUAGCGGUCACAUUUUUGCCUCAAUCAUCAUCAAACUUUGUCAGGAUGCUUGUCUAGGUAAUAAGUCAGAUGACGUCGAACAUGGGUCAUCUCAAAUGAAAAACUAGGUCACAGGAGCUAAAAAUAGAAAAAACCUUGUGAACACUCUCGUGGUCAAUUUUUUUACUCAAUCAUCAUCAAAAUUGUGUAGGUAAUUGCUCCGAUGAGAUCGGACAUGGGUCAUCUCGGAUGAAAAACAAAGUCACAGGAGCUAAAAAAGGAAAACUCUUGUUAAGACUCCAGUGGCUCCUGCUUUGAUCCAGAUAUCCUGAAAAUUGGUCUGAAAGUUGGUUUUGAUGAUUUCUAGGACAAGUUUGAAUAUGAGGUUACCUGGGGUCAAAAACAAGAAAUCUGGAAACAAAGUGAUCCCUCGUAAGCAUUAAUCACAACAAAAUUGCAUGAAAAUUGCAGACUCUGUUUGAUUGAGUAUGUACAUGGGGGAUAAUGAAUAAGUGCAACAUCCCUCACGCCCUCCAGCACCGGCUUCAGCGGUACUCAAUCCUUAACACUUAAUAGUGCUGGCAUUAUAUAACAACACUGAAGUGAAGUACUGGGCAACUUUUUACAGCUGCCAUACAGCACUUGACACCUGCUCGUCUCACCGCCCAAAUAUAGAAAAACCUUGUUAACACUCUAGUGGUCACAUUUUUGACUCAAUUGUAAUCGAACUUUGCCAGGAUGCUUGUCUAGAUAAUUGCUCGGAUGAGUUCUAACAGGGGUGAGAGCCAGGUCACACCGCCCAAAUAUGGCAUAAACAUUGUUAUCACUCUAGUGGUCCGUUUUACACUCGAUUGUCAUCAAACUUUGCAUGGAUGUUUGUCUAAGUUAAUGCUCGGAUGAGUUACUUUGAACCUGGGUCAUCUCGGGUAAAAAAAACUAGGUCACAUGAGCUUAAAAUAGAAAAUCUUUUCAACACUCCAGUGGCUACUGUUUUGUUUCAAAUAUCAUGGAUAUUGAUCUGAAAGUUUAUCUUGAUAAUUUCUAGAUCAAGUUCGAAUAUGGGUCACCUGGGGACAAAAACUAGGUCACACUGCUCAAAUAUGAAAAAGCCUUGUUAACACUCAAGUGGUCACAUUUUUGACUCACCUUGGUCAGGAUACUUGUCUAGGUAAUUGCUUGGAUGAUUUCGAUGGGUUAGGGCAGCCAUACUGGCCCUAUUGUUUAAUGUACCUUGCGUUGUUUGUUUGGUUUAUAAAUAUAUUUGUGUCUUUGUAUGCAUGUUUGUAUGUGUAUCAAAAUAAACAGGGUUACCCUUUCAGGGCCUCAACAAAAAGAAAUUAGUUAAUUUGGGAUAUUUCUUUUCUUUUGCUGAAGCACAAAAAUAUAUUUAUGAAUGCUUCUACUGCUCCUGUAUGCAUACUGCGAGCUAUUUACAUCUACUUAAUUAUCGAUUCACAUUUUCUUAUAAACAUAAUCUUUUGGAUAAACACUUUUUUGCAAGGCCACUGCCACCAUAUUUUGUCUUAUUUUUCAUUUGCAUUGGUAAUGGAUGGAAAUCAACAACGGGUUAUUAUUAUAGAAGAAAGGCACACAUAUUGCUGGUCUCAUCAAUUCGGGGUAU